UUACACACCAGUGAAGGUGCUAAAGUGAUUGUGCACAAGAUCGCGCAGGAACUACAGGAUGUUGCGGCAAACAAAGGCGUUAGCCUACAACGACCGUUCGAAACAAAGGCAGUCGCUGACAACGCAAAAGGUAUGUCUGAUCAAUUAAUUGAUGACGCCAAAGUCAUUAUACACCACAUACAACUCGAUUCAACAUCCCCCAUCAAUUAUCGUGUCGAAUCGCCCGAUGCUCUUAGUCCCACAGCACAACUGGGUAGGUCUAAACAAUCCAUACUUAAUAAGAGUAUCGUACAAAUUCAAGAGAUCAGCGACGAAAGCUCCAGCGAGUACAAUGACAAUCCACCAGUGAUUAGCGAAGCCGAGUCGGAGACAGAAUCAACAGCGGGCGCUUGCGCACUCGACUAUGCGCAGACUGUGCGUACGCUGUCGCCCGAUUCCGAAGAUAACUACGAGUUCGUACAUAGAUCAACCGCCGCUCCCAGUCAAGAGCCGCAGCAAGAUCUGAAGCAACGGCGCGCACAAAAACGCGUCGCGCUGGAAACACAUUUCCUGCCGCAGCUGUUAAGUCCACGCUAUCUGGAUAGCAUUCUAGAGGAGAAUAGUGAUAUGAGUGACGCACGCAGUGAUUGUUCCGAAAAUCCCCUAAUGACCACACUAUCCGGUGAUGAUUUGCGUGACCAAGCUGCGGCGAAAGUGCGCAAAGCAAAUGAGAUAUUUCCGCGCAGCAAUUUGGACUUUUCGCGACGUCAUGCGAAAAAACAGCUUGGCGCGUUGCCAAAAAAGCCAUUACCCAUACGCGAGGAGCCUGUUGCCAUGGUAGUUGCUGCCAAACUAAUUGAAGCAACAACACCAGCACAGGAAUGUUGCGUACGCUUGUCCAGCGAGCACACGCCCGAAUCGGAAGCAGCAGAAGUGAUCUACUUGAGUAGUUCGGCAUCGAGCAGCCUGUCCGAUCUGGUGGAACUUGACGCGGAGGCAGGUGGGGGAGAGGGCGAUGAUGAGCGGGACGAUAGCUGUCGCUCAACAGUCGAUCUCGACACGGACGUGCGGGAAAUCAUAACAAAACCUGGCAGCGAGGAGCGCGCGGCUGCCGCAACCAACCAAAGUGAUAGUCGCGAGAGUACACCUGUUAAUCAGGCAUCAACAAGGCUGUCAGAAAAAAUAAAAGAAACGCAUAAAUUGCUUGCAAAUAACAAUACAAGUGUAGAACAAACAACAAAAACUGCUAUUGACACAAAUAUUGACGCUGGCACAGUGAACGCCACAAUCACUAAUCCCAUUGAAAGCAAAAUAUAUGAGAAUUUGAAAAGCUUGCAAUUGCUAGCAGAGCCAAGUGGUGAGCGCGCGCUCUCCUCCGGUAGUGGCGCAACAACAACUACAACGUCAUAUCGCACGGCGGCAGCCACUACCAGCGAGUCAGAGACAGAGACCGAGAUGAGCUCAGAUACAACAACGGAGAGGUGUGAAUAUUUGCGCAGCUCGGACACUGGCGGCAGCGGCAGUGGCGGCAGCAGCAGCAGCCUCAACAGCAGCAGCAUUGAAAUGAAAUACCCGCCGGCCACAAUUGCGACUAGUGAUAGUUUAAACGUUGACCCAGCAGUGCUGCUUGAAAAUAUUGAAUUGGAAAUGAAUAGCGUGCGCGAAAUUCUAAACUCGCAUACGAUCGAGACAACGGCGGCUACGUCGUGCGGGAACGGGAAUUUCGACAAUGCGCGUUCGAGUGAAUUAAAUACUGAUCAUUUUAAUACUGCAAAGAAAGCCUCGCCCUCGCCCUCACCUCCGCCCAUACCGCCACCACCCACCAGUGCUAGUGCUAGUGAUUAUCAUAGUGAUUUUACAGGUUUACAAACACAGCCACCCGCCACAGUGAUCUCAGCACCACCACCAAUUCCUGCGCGCGCCCCCCACGACUCCACCUACGUUGAAACAUACACACCCGAACAAAAGAGUCCACAGCCAACCAGUUCACUGUAUACCACUAAUUCUGCUUUGACCUCACUAUCCUUGCUUAGGCGCCAGGAAUCCGCCGAAUCCCAUUGCUCCGACAGUACCCAACACAGUCAAUGCACGGCCAUCAAUGUUGGCUCACGCCCACACACCGAUCAUGAGCUGACGCCACCAUUGACGGCAACCUCCCCCAUUUCAGAUUAUCAGCAAGAACAACAGCAACCCCACCAGUACAACAACUGGAACGAUGCAAGGGACGAAUGCACGACUCCCACAGCAACUUCAAAUGCAACGAGCGCCCAAAAUGAUGCAUCUAUUAAAAAGCUUCGUCUGCUUUGCACCGAAACAUUGGCAUCCAUGCCGUAUGGCGAACAAGUGUUAGAAGAACUGGCCACAGUAGCGCAGAAUAUAGGUGAAUUGCAAGCGAAAACGCCCACCCAUCACGCGGAGGAGAAGAAUUUCGCAGCGACAGAAAAUACAGACGGCACCACCAUGCCAUACCCGUUACCCCAGUUACCGCACAUAAGUGAAUUGCAAAUGUCGAUCGCUGACGAUCAGCCACCGCAUGCUAGUGACCCCCAAUCAAAGCUUUCAUCGACCACCUCCACAACAACUACCCACACAGUGGCUAUUAAACAGCUCGGCGAUCCAGAACGCAUGCCGCGUGAUCUCACCACUGCAAAUAUGUUGCAUUCUCCUUCGCCGCCACCAGUGCCCGCGCCACCCUCGCACUACAACGAUGCGCCGUGGCUAGGCGUACCAACCGCUGCCGACCCCAAUGUACUGGUAUGCCUAUCGCCUGCUCAACGUCAGCAGCUGGCGACCGAUUCCUCGCAGCAGCCCGACCAACUUCUGGAUGCACAUCAGAAGUUUCUGGAGCGACGUGGCUAUCACGAAUACACCGAAGAACAGGUGAAAACACUCAAUGCCGCGCUGCAGCAGGAGGAGCAGCAGAUAUUGAAAACAGCGGCGUAUAUGAAGAAAUUACGUAAGAGCCUGACACCACCACCGCCGCCCGUGCCGCCACCACCAGUGCCAUCGAAGAGCUCCGAAACAGCGGCGAAAGCACAAAAUCAAGUAAGAACAGCCUCAACAAGCUCGUCGUCAGUCGGGUCGAGUGCGAUGAUCAGCAGCCAGCAGCAACGCGUUUAUGACGCAACAAAUUAUAGAAAUGCUAAUGAGCAAACAGCGUCCACUUUCGCAAAUGGAGAAGAGCCACAGCAGCAGAACCAAGCGUACCAGUCACAACAAAAUCAUUUGCAAAUGCUAAUAGAAAAAACUGGCAAACCAGCUGAUGCUGAUGCUGUUGCUGUUUCCGUCGCUGGCUCAUCAUCGCAGCAGCAACAAAAGACAUCAUCGCUUGAAAAUAACUCAAGGCAAUCGAGUGACGCUGCUUAUGCUACUGGCGCACAGGGUGGCGAACCAGCUUUCGAAGGAAAGCAACCAGCCACCAGCGCCGAUACACGCCAGUAUUCAAACGCAAACGCGUCCGAACCAACCAGCAAUAGAGCUACGUCCGAUUUGUACGGUGGUAAUAAUUACGUAAAUAUUAGCUUCCCUCCAUCAGACGCAGGCAAAAUGCACGGUGUCGAGAGUGAAUUGGCCAAAAUGUUCCCAUCCAUGGGCGCAAGCAAUAUCUUCGAUAGCAAUCGCAAACGCUUCUCGAAUAUCGAGUCAUCAACAGCAUCGUCGGGUGGCCCUUACUGCGCCCAACUCCAGAGUACGCUACCGAAAAGGUACUCCAAUAUCGAGACGCACUCAUACGAAGCGAAGAAGCGCAUGGAGAAUGGAGAGGUAGUUUAUGAUUAUACCGAUUCGCAUCAUGAGCGGCAGACUGAUGGCGAUAAGUCAUUGGAUAGCACGUCCACACCAUCGCUGCUGCAUUUCCCCGUAAGGGAGCCAUCGAAAGAGUUAUUACAAUAUCCCGUGGAUGGCGAUGGCAUGUCAAGCAGGAGCGUAAAUAGUGAAAUUAUGUCAGCAAUAAAAUUAAACACAACAGAAAAUGCCAAAACAACCGAACACGAUGCCAAAGCAGAAAGAAAAGAACAAGCAAACAGCAUGAGAAUGACCAAUUUCACCAACCCCGGCGCCACCACAUCCGCAACCACCACUUCUUCUUCAACAACAUCCCACUUCGCCAAUCGUUCGUUUGGCACAGCAGCGGAGACCACAAUAAGAGAAGAAGACAUUAAAAAUAGCAAAGAGAACGGUGGCACAGUGCAGCCACUUACAAGUGGUGGUGCGGGCAAUGGCAGUGUCAGCGGCAUCAGCACCGCUUAUGAAGAAUUUAGGCAACGUGCCAAGGCAGCAGCGGACGCAUUCGGUGCUCUCGGCGAGACACCAGCCACCGCACCACCGCUCGGCACAAGCAAUACCAAGAAUUCCGCUUUCAAUUUCCAACAUGACAGACUAUUCAAGGACUUUGAUGCGCUGUCGCAACAAUUGAACAUGGAGCUCGAAGAGGGGAAGGCGCAACGCCAACAGCGCGAAAAAUCUGCAUCACUUUACGACCUCAGUCGCACGCAGUGGAAUUUCAAGGACCAUUUCGAUCAGCUGAAGAAACAGCGGCACGAACAUAUGCAAGAAUUAGAGCGCGAAAUUGAGCGUUCAGCGCGCUCCCGCCACUCAAAAGGCCAAGUUUCAACUGGCGCGCCUGCGGGCGUACGAACUUUUGAAAUACCUAUACGCAUCGAAGAUCGCAAUGGCAAAAACCACCACGGCGCCAGCGAUAGGAGCUCAGCGCCCCGUGAGCUAACGCAACCACGCUCCUACAACAUACCCAUUGUAAUGGAGAAUGGCGCAGCGCCUAAGGUGCCGCCGCCUCCAUCCCCGUCAGCACAAUAUGAUACCGUAGACGAUGCCUCACGCUUCAGGCGCGCUGAAUCUAUGUUCAAUCUAUCCGAGAACACCGCGCGUCCGCAGCCGCAAGCACACCAACAACAACCGUUUACCAGCUACGAGCGUCCGCAAUCCUCCGCCGCUGACGAUUGGUCGCGCUAUGCCAGCGACUUCGGCUCAUCGGAGAAUAUCACGCGACCAUUCGCGCGCGAGGUGGAGAUCUGCUAUCAGCGUCAGAGACCACGCACAAUACGUGCACCAAGGCUUUCCGCAUCCACCAACGAUCUCUCGUCCAACUCGCAGUGCUACGACAGCUACAAUGCUUACAAUGUGCGGCGUUCACAUGCACCAAUGUUGCAACCUGUGGCACAUCAGCAACGCCCACAGCAUCACGCCAGCUGCUACUCGGUGCUCGAACGCGACCCCAAUCCCACUUACAUUAGCACCACUACGCGCCGCGGCGUCUCACCCGCACCAGUAUCGCCCGCGGCGCAGCCAGGCGCACAGGAGCCGCUGUAUAGUCCACAUGCGCCAGAGCGACAGCGUCGUGCCUCAUUGCCACGUGAAAUACAAGAGCAGCAGCUCAAAUAUAUCAGCAGCAAGGAAGAGGAGUUGCGCAUGGAAUUCGAACGUUUGCAAAAUGAACGCCGUCGGCUGCUUGAUGAGUUGAAUACGCCACCAGUGACGCUGCAGAUGCCACAACAUCCCAUGCGCGACAUCUACCGACCGAUGCCAAAGUUGCCCACACUCACCGAGGAUGAAGUGUUCCGCCAACAAAUGGCCGAAGAGUGGCUGAGCAAGGUGGCUGAACGCGAGGAGCGCCGCUUGCAAAAGAUAAUCAAAAUUUCGAAAGUGAAUGAGACACAACAAGGACACCAACCACCGGUGCCACCUCAUCAAAAAACCGAUAUCAGCGAUGAGUUUCUCAAACGCGUGCAAGAACGACGCACCAAGCUUGCAAUGCCGGCCGAUAGCGAUUGGGAGAGUGGCGCCGAAUCGCAACCCGCUGCGGCUGGACACGCCAGCGAAAGUGAUGCGGAAGUGCCGCCUGUAAAGGUGCUCGAGGGCAAAUCCGAAACAGAUUUGCGGCAGUUGCCACGCCAUUUACGUGAAUUUGCGCGGUUCUCCAAUCACAAUGAAGAGAAGAUCGACGGUGGGCAUAGGGUGGUGCAUCAGGAGGAGGAGCGCAGGCAAGAGGCGAAUGCAAAUUCUAUGAGUAGUGCAGUGAAGAAAUCGUCUAUGGUGAAAACUGUGAAGAUUGCCAGACAACCGGAAAUCGUGGGCCAGGCGAGCCAAAGGUUGCCGGCCAGCGUUCAACAGCGCCAACAACAACAGCAGCGGCAACAAGAAGGGCACAGCCGAACUACUAGCGGCAGCGAACAGGCUCGUCCACAAUUGAAAUCAACCGGAUAUCAAUCAGAGCCCGAGCCCAAUUACGAUUCCGACUACUCUACAGUAAAGUAUCGAACAUUAGAUCGACGACGUUUACAAUCGGUCUCAUCGGCCACGAACGUUGCGAAUCGCAGUACGAAUUCGUACCAGGACGAUAAAUUAUAUGGUACUAUGCCAAAUCCGAUUAAAUCGGCACCAAGCACAUAUAAAAAUCAACCUGGUCGCAUUGAAGACUACGUAACAGGACGUUCGUCCGUGUCCGAAAAGGAACGCAAAGAGUGGUGGGACGAAGUGAUGGACAUCUUUAAUGGGCACCUGGAUCAAGCCAAGCUCUCGCCACACUACACUGAAGGAAAUCUUUCCAGAGCCCUAGCCAAAGAGUCUGGUUACACGAGUGAUUCGAAUCUGGUAUUCCGCAAGCGCGAAGCACCACAAGCCAGUCCACUUAGCCCAGUCGAGCAAAAGCAAGCCUAUAAGAGCGUACAAGCGGGCGGCGAACCACCAUUAUUUGGUUUUAGAAAGCCAGCACCAGAAAGACCUAGAGAUGACGGUAAUGAGCCACCAGUGCCACCAAAACCGAGAGAUUAUCGCGCAGAAUCUCCGAAUCGUUAUCUUGAAUCGGAUGUAAAUAUCCAUUUCAAGACACCAAUACGUCAUGAAUACAAACAGGCCAUGUCGGAUGAGGAAUUAGCACAACGACAGGCUGAACAAAUGCAAAAGCUUUAUCAGGAGGAACGUCGACGCAAGUACUUACAGGAAUUGCAGGACAUGAAUGCGCGCCGUCACACUGACAAUUUUACACCAACACAAAAAUCACCAAUACCAUUGAAUCGGUAUGAUGACUUCCAAUCGGAUUUGGCACCCAAAUCGCCAAAUACGAUAACAACACGUACGGCAGCGCGUGCGCUCUACAACUUCCAAGGACAAAAUGCAAGGGAGCUCUCGUUUAAGAAAGGCGAUAUUAUCUACAUUCGCCGACAGAUUGAUCGUAACUGGUACGAAGGUGAACACAAUGCCAUGAUUGGUCUGCUACCAGUGAGUUACGUUGAGAUCGUAAACAAAGAGAGCGCCCGUUUACAACCAAAGAAACCAUCAGAGGGACAAGCGCGUGCGAAAUACAACUUCCAGGCACAAUCUGGCAUAGAAUUGUCGCUAAAUAAGGGCGAAUUGGUCACACUCACCAGACGUGUGGAUGAGAAUUGGUUCGAGGGUAAAAUAGCCAAUAGAAAAGGUAUCUUCCCAGUGUCAUAUGUGGAGGUUCUCACCGAUAUCGGUGCCGAAGAUAUUGCCGCACGCACCGUUAUCAGCGAACAUGCGAGCGUCACGAAUUUACGCCCCUCACUUGACACGCUACGCACAAAUAUUAAUAAUGAAUUCAAUUUAAUAACCAAAAAUGGCCAUCAGCCACCAAAUGGCAUACUCAAGGAAACCAAACAACAUCACAACAAUAAAAUUGAUGCACUGCACGUGGAUACGCAUUCAGAGCCGUUAGUCUAUCGCGCACUCUACAAGUACCGCCCGCAGAAUUCCGAUGAAAUGGAGCUGCUCGAGGGUGAUAUCGUUCAUGUGUUGGAGAUAUGCGACGAUGGCUGGUUUGUGGGCACCUCACAGCGCACUGGCUGCUUUGGCACCUUCCCCGGCAACUAUGUGGAGCGUGUGCUCUGAAAGAGUGUCUUCCGCGGCACGCCAAUAAGCGUUGAUAAUGCAUUCUACCAAAAUACACACACACACACACACAAUCACAAUAUUAAUAAAAAAAAAAUACUUAGUUGAAUGAACAAAUUGAAGAAAAAGCAAUCAAAGAAUAAAUUAUGUUAAACAAAAACAAACAAAAAAACACACCAGCAGCUGCAAUAUGUAUUGAAAAAAGCCACCUAAUAUUAAUUAUAUUUAAUUUUUGUUGUUAUAUUUUAUUUUAUUUGCCGACUUAUGUAAUUUUAAUUAAAAAUUAAACAAAAAAAUAUAUAUAUUUAUUUACAUACUUAUAUUCAUGUUGAAAAGUAUAACUCUACGUAAAACAUAUAUUAAAUUAUAUUAACCACAAAGUUUAAAUUUGAAGCAUAAAACAAAAAAUAUUUGCAAGAAGCAUUAAGUGGUGUGGAGGAGCGUGCUUGCGUAAGCCUCAGGCAACAACAACAGCGGCAGCAAAAAAAACCAAAAGGUAGAUGCGGCGACGCACUAGCCUCCCUCCACCUGCAACGUUUACUAAUAAAACUAGUCAAAGCUAUUUCCAAAAAAAAAAAACAUUAAUUAAUUAAUUAAACAUUUGCACAAGUUGAAGAAGAAGAAAAAGGAGAAGCUAAAGCUGAAGCGAUAUUCAAACAAAAAUAGCAAUGAAAAUGUUUAAUUUGAAAGUAAUUGCAAUUUCAAAUGAUAUUCAACUGAUAUUAAAAUGUCCUUGCGUCACGUACACACACACACACACACACAUACAUACAUCAGUUAAUAAACAAAGACCCUUGGUUUGUUUUACAUACCAUCAACAAAACCUACCAAAAUGUGCCUUCCCAUCCAUGUUGCCUUCAUGAAAAAAAAAAAUAAAAUAAAAUAAAA